CUUUCAUUUGGUUUCAUUGGAAUAGGUUGAUUCGCUGAUUCGCUGAUUUUGGUUGCUUUUGGUUACGUUUGGAAAGAUCAGAUGUGGCGUGCGGGUGGAAGGGUAUAGAAUUGGUUUAAAUUAAUUGAUUUAAAAACGAUUGAGUGUAUAUAAAAAUUAGUUGGUAUAGUUGAAAUUACUUUGCAUAAGUUAAAUAAACAGUAAAGGUUUAUAAAGUCUUUAACAAACCACAGUGAAGUCUUGUGAAAAAAAUCAAUACAUUAUUAUUAAAAAAAGUGUUUUCAGUUGAAAUAUUACAAAAUAAAAGUGACUACAGUGCCUGGACGCAUUAGAGUUUUUGUUUAUAAUACGGAAAACAUAUUCGUAAUUUUGUAUAAAACAUAACUAGAGACAAAAGCGUACGAGUUACAUUUUAUUUGCAAUGACGCAAACUACGCCAGCUGGCUCGGGUGGUCCCAAUGUCAGCAACUUGAUGACGACAAGUAGUACGCCGAUACGUAUUGGCAGUGGAUUGAGCAGUUAUCAUGGUAACAGUUCAGCUUCUGUGGCCACUCAUCAUGCUAUGACCGGAAAUGAUUCAUCUUCACCCGGUGGUGGAGGCAGCGCUGGCGCUGGUACAUCUGCUGUGCCCCAAUCCAGCAGUGUACCAUCUGCGGCAACCGAUACACUGCGUCAACAGCUGCAAAGCCAAAUUUCGUUAUCUAUGGGCGCCUCCAAUCAAUCCCUAGGCGUUAGUGCGGGUGCUGUUGGAGUUUCCAGUAUAACACCGCCCAACAGUGCCGGUCUGCGACAAACUGGUGCUUUUGAUUUCAAGUUUAUGCGGCGCGCAUCCUCAAAAGUUCUAUUGCCAAAACUUCCGUCCACAGAUAGCUUGAGCAACAGUCCGGGUCCAUCAUCGCCAGGACUUGCCAGUUGGGCAACAGAUAGUCGUGACAAAUAUGAUGGCAAUCAAACAGAUAAGACACCGGGUGAUCCCUCCAAACUCAAUCGGAAGGAGUCCUAUAAGGCGCAACGUAAGAAUUAUCGGCGCGAGAAGAAACGUGUUGCGUCUGAAUUGCUGAAUUCGCUGCAGGAUCCCACUGUUGUGGUGUUAGCUGAUUGGCUUAAGGUACGUGGCACAUUGAAGUCAUGGACGAAGCUAUGGUGUGUGCUAAAGCCCGGCAUGAUGUUGCUCUACAAGAGUCCCAAGCUGAAGAGCAGCCAUUGGGUGGGCACCAUUAUGCUGACCUCAUGUCAGGUCAUCGAGCGGCCGAGUAAGAAAGACGGUUUCUGCUUUAAGCUAUUCCAUCCGCUGGAGCAAUCGAUAUGGGCGCCACGUGGACCAGACAAGGAGACAAUAGGCGCAGUCGUUCAACCCUUACCAACCGCUUACCUGAUAUUUCGCGCACCCAGUCAGGCGGCUGGUAAAUGUUGGAUGGAUGCACUGGAGCUCUCCUUGCGCUGUUCAGCAUUGCUCUUGCGUUCCAACAGCAGUUUGGGCGCCGUACAGGGCACCAGUGCCACCGACAAUGCGCAGAUAUCGCACGAAACCCAAUGGUCGGAGGCGGAUUACGAAAAGCAUUUCAACGAACAUGGUGAGUGUAAUAUAAAACCUGAGCGCUUCUCACCGAGCGGUAACCUACCGAAGCAAUACGCUCAGUAUCUUAUGGUGCCUGAAUUGAGCAAAUCGCACGGUAGUUCGGACACAAGCUUGACCUCUCGUGCCCAGACACCAAUUUUACAGCAACUGUACAUGACGAUGACGCAUUGGGAGCGUGUUUUUGCCAAUUCGGCGGAGAAGAAUUUACGCAAACUACGUAAAGCCAAACAUUUGGGCAAACGUGAUUCAUUCGAGGGCAUGAGUUCAAUGGGUGAUCUCAGUGAUGUUUCAAGCGUUGACUUCACCUCUAUGCUGGAGACACACCAAUCGUUGAAAUUGAAGACACGUCGUCAAAAACAGUUUAUGAAAUCGGCUUCAUUAGGUCCCAUGUCCCAUGAGACGUCCUCAUCGGGUGAUUCGGUUGAUGAAACUGCAGAGUUGCAGGCAAGAACGUGCGCAUCUAGAGCAUUGAGCGCUCCGCCUUUUGUGCUGAACGUCAAGGAUCUGGAUGGCGAUAGCCAGAACGAAGGUGGUCCAGCCGCUAUGUCGGGCGUCGAUACGGAGUCAGAAUCAGAUCAAGAAGCGGUGGUUGAAGAUGAAGAGCCAGAAACACCAUAUGUGCCGCUCACCGAAGAAGAGUUCGGCUCUGUGGGUGAGCAGGUGGAAGAGCUUGCAGAGGAGAAUAAAAGCUUAAUUUGGAUACUGGUUAAGCAAGUACGGCCAGGCAUGGAUCUGAGUAAGGUCGUCUUGCCGACAUUUAUACUCGAACCACGUUCAUUUUUGGAUAAGCUAUCGGAUUCAUAUUAUCAUGCGGACAUUUUGUCGAGGGCCGUCACCGAGGAUGAUCCCUUUACGCGCAUGAAAACCGUUGUACAAUGGUAUCUAUCAGGUUUCUAUAAAAAACCCAAAGGCCUAAAGAAACCCUACAAUCCAAUAUUGGGUGAGACGUUCCGUUGCUAUUGGGAACAUCCGAACGGUAGCCGUACAUUCUACAUUGCCGAACAGGUGUCACAUCAUCCACCCGUGUCGGCGUUUUAUGUGACCAAUCGCCAGGAUGGUUUCUGCAUCAGUUGCUCCAUCUUGGCUAAAUCGAAGUUCUAUGGCAACAGCACAUCUGCUGUACUGGAAGGCGUUGCCACACUCACGCUGUUACCACGUGGUGAAACGUACACAUUGAAUACACCAUAUGCCCAUUGUAAGGGCAUACUGGUGGGUACACUGUCCAUGGAGUUGGGCGGCAAAGUGAACAUUGAGUGCGAGAACACCGGUUACAAGACGGAACUGGAAUUCAAGCUGAAACCAUUCCUGGGUGGCUCGGAUUAUACCAAUUUAAUUUCGGGUAAAAUUAAAUUGGGCAAAGAGACCAUGGCCACCAUAAGUGGUCAUUGGGAUACCGAAAUGACAAUCAAAGAAGCUAAAACUGGCGAAGAAACGAUACUUUUCAAAGCCGAUCCGGAUACGAAACAAAAGCGUCUGGUGCGCUAUGUUGUACCGUUGGAUGCGCAGCUAACAAACGAAUCGGAACGUUUGUGGGAGAAAGUCUCCCUGGCGAUACGCAACGACGAUCAGGUUGGUGCAACCGAGGAGAAGACCGUGCUGGAGGAGGCGCAGCGCAACUCGGCAAAGGAACGUAAAGUAUUAUCGACGGAUUGGAUCCCAGUACAUUUCAAUUAUGAUCCCAUAAUAUCGAAGUGGAUGUAUAAUUACGCUGACUUGCGUCCAUGGGAUCAACGCAACGAUUUGAAGCAGUACGAGGCCAAUUACAAAGUACUCACGAAGACACGCCAUCGUGCGCCAAUGGUGCGUAACCCGAGCAUCGUGACUGCCGAUCCAAUGCAGUUAAUUAAAUCAUCUUCUUUAUUGAAGGUAAAGCAUAAAAGCCAUAGUGCGAUACUGGGACUCUCACACGACGAUGAAAAGUCCGAUUCGAGUGUAUCAAAUCCGGAUGUGAGCAAGGAGCCACACCAGAAAUCGAACAAAUCAAUACGCAGAUUGGCCACAGCUAUUGAAAAGAUGAAUCACACGCUCGAGGAGCAAACGAAACAACUGCGUCUGAUCCAAACAAAUCUCGAGCGUAUGCACUACAAUCCGCGUCUGAUGGGGUCGUCGACAGCUGGUGGCCGUUAUGCUGAUAUUGUGCCACGCACUGUGCCACAAACGGUGGUUAUAAAAUCAAUGGUUUACGCUUUCGUCGGUUUGGCAGCCUGCUUUGUCAUGAAAUGGAUGUUUAAGUAAAUCCAUGUAUCGCGUAACUGUAAAAUGGGAGGCGGUUGAAUUAGUUAGGUAAAACGCUUAUUGUUAAAAUAUUCAUUGAUGUGUUGUUGUUGUCAGCGCAUCGAGACCGUGUGCAAUAUGUUUCACACAAACAACAAAAAAUAUACAUACAAUACUGUACACUUAGCGUUGUAACCGUAAUUAGCGCUUAACGUUACGGUUUCACGGUACACAUUUCUAACGCGUAACUUUAAAUGAUCAACUUUAAAGUAAUAUGUUACUAUAUAGUAUUAACUCAAUUUCAUGGUUUAUGUUAAGCUAUUUUUUAAAUAUUUUUCCUUUGUAUUUUUCGCGUUUAGGUUGUAAACUUUGCAAGAAACUCUUCACUACAUGCAUAUUAUUGUUUUAUAUUCCAGACGGUUUGAAAUUAUUAUGUAAAUUUAUACAUAUAUACAUAUAUAUUUAUAUACAUAAGCUCAUUAUGUAUUUGCAUGUAAAGUGUAAAGAGAUUUGUAUGUUAAUAAGUGAGAUAAUUGUUUUUGUUUUUAUUUCAUUAUGGUAAAGAAAUUUCGAUGGCUUUUGAGAUAAGUUCUACUGAUCAGUGACUUAUCUGGCAAUUGAUAAAUUUUUUUCACUUUAGACCUUAAAAGUAAGUUCAGUAAGAGCUGCAACUUCGACAGUUUUUAGUUUUUAAAUCAUUCAGAAAUUUAGUUAGUGUAACGUGAAGCAGUCUCGAGUAGAAAUUCGCAGAUUUAUUAUUGUUGAAAUCUUAUACAAUUGCUAUAGUAAUAUCAAAAAACAAACUGGAUUUGGUUUACACAUAUUUCCAACAACAAUUAUUUCCUUUGCUAAGUUGUUCUGAGGUUAGUUUUUUUGUGAGCAGAAAUCGGUCGAUUUUUCUACAAAAAAUUUAAUUUCUAGUUUUCUUUUUACAACCAUUAAUAGUUUAGUUAAUAUUAAGUGUCCGAAUUUAAUAUGGACCCACUGUAAACAUACCUAAGAAAUUUGAUUUCUUUAUAAAAGAGUACUUUUUAAAAGUCAUUUACCUAUAAAUUUGUUUCCUUGACAACUACUAAAAGUAUGUAUUUUUAUUUCAAUAAAAUUACAAAUAAUUUAAGUCUAAAUAUAAAGAAGAAGAAGAAGCUUACGUCUGCGUGUUGUUUAUUGUGCUAGCGCGAUAUUAUGUAAUUUAACUCAUAUAUGUAUGUAUUUCAUAUUAUGAUUGUAUGUAACGUGUCGUGAUUUUUAUCAACGAAGUAAGACAUUUAAAAUUUAAAACACAAUUUAUAAAUAUUUACGAAAAAACAUUUAGUAAAAUAUCUGUCUCUCUCUCUCACACACACACACUUUAAAUCUCUCGGUCACACAACGCACCGUAACUGCAUAUGUAUUGAAAAUUCAAAAUUUUUUCCAACAAAUAAUAGCACCAUGACAGGCAUCAAUCAACACGAGAAAUCGCUUAUUAGCCACCAUUAGUCUAUAGUAAGAAUUGCUAUGUACGCUUGUAAAAUGAAAUCUAUUCUGUUAAGCAAACUACAAAGUGUAACACACGGCGAUGAUUAUACCUACAUAAGUACACAAAAUGCUGUUAACAUUUCAAGUCCAAUAAACGAAACACUAUACUUUAA